CCGGCGGGGCCGUCGCUCGGGACACUUCCUCCUGGGCCGCGGCGGCCGAGUAAAAGUUCGGAAGGGGGAGCCGAGCCGCGGGCGCCCGGAUCCCUCCUCGCCCGCCUCGCCCGCCUCGCCCUCCUCGCCCCCGGCGGAGCCGCCGACAACGCCCCCUUCUCCGCGGCCCUGGCGGAACUUUCCUCCAACUUCCGAGGCCUGUGAGAGUCUCUUCUGAUCACCCCGGCCCUCAGGAUCCCCCUGCCCAUCCCCGGGCCCGUCGGAUCCCUGGGAUCCACUAGAUCCUUGACUCCGAGCCUCUUCUGCAUCCCCAGGGCCUCUCCAUCCGCAAGUUCCCGCCACCUGCUGGACUCGACUUCCCGGAGCCCCGGGAUCCAAAGCCCCCGAGCCCGGCUUCCUGCAGCCUGAUCCCGGGUGGGCGCCGGGCGGCGGGUCCCGGGCCUCCCCCGAUGGCCGCCGCCCCCUCCCACCCCGCGGGGCUGCCGGGCUCGCCCGGGCCGGGGUCUCCUCCGCCCCCCGGCGGCUUCGAACUGCAGUCGCCGCCCCCGCUGCAGCCGCAGCUCCCGGCCCCGGGCCCCGGGGUCUCCUUCCACAUCCAGAUCGGGCUGACCCGCGAGUUCGUGUUGCUGCCCGCCGCGUCGGAGCUGGCCCACGUGAAGCAGCUGGCUUGCUCCAUCGUGGACCAGAAGUUCCCUGAGUGUGGCUUCUACGGUCUUUACGACAAGAUCCUGCUCUUCAAACAUGACCCCUCUUCGGCUAACCUCCUGCAGCUGGUGCGCUCCGCCGGAGACAUCCAGGAGGGCGACCUGGUGGAGGUGGUGUUGUCUGCCUCAGCCACCUUCGAAGAUUUCCAGAUCCGGCCGCACGCUCUCACGGUGCACUCGUACCGCGCCCCGGCAUUCUGCGACCACUGCGGGGAGAUGCUGUUCGGCCUGGUGCGCCAGGGCCUCAAGUGCGAUGGCUGCGGGCUGAACUACCACAAGCGCUGCGCCUUCAGCAUCCCCAACAACUGCAGCGGGGCCCGCAAGCGGCGCCUGUCAUCCACAUCUCUUGCCAGUGGCCAUUCUGUGCGCCUCAGCAUCUCUGAGUCCCUGCCCUGCACAGCUGAGGAGCUGAGCCGGAGCACCAUGGAGCUCCUGCCUCGCCGGCCCCCCUCGUCGUCACCCUCGUCCUCUGCCUCAUCCUACACCGGCCGCCCCAUCGAGCUGGACAAGAUGCUGCUGUCCAAGGUCAAGGUGCCACACACCUUCCUUAUCCACAGCUAUACGCGGCCCACCGUCUGCCAGGCCUGCAAGAAACUCCUCAAGGGCCUCUUCCGCCAAGGCCUACAGUGCAAAGACUGCAAGUUCAACUGUCACAAACGCUGUGCGACCCGUGUCCCCAAUGACUGUUUAGGGGAGGCUCUUCUUAAUGGAGAUGUGCCGAUGGAGGAGGCCACCGAUUACAGUGAGGCUGACAAGAGCUCCCUCAUGGACGAGUCAGACGAUUCAGGUGUCAUCCCAGGCUCCCACUCGGAGAAUGCCCUCCACGCCAGUGAGGAGGAGGAGGGCGAGGGAGGCAAGGCCCAGAGCUCCCUGGGGUACAUCCCCCUAAUGAGGGUGGUACAGUCCGUGAGACAUACAACGAGGAAAUCCAGCACCACGCUGCGUGAGGGCUGGGUGGUCCAUUACAGCAACAAGGACACCCUGAGAAAGCGGCACUACUGGCGCCUGGAUUGCAAGUGCAUCACCCUCUUCCAGAAUAACACAACCAACAGAUACUAUAAGGAAAUCCCACUGUCUGAAAUCCUUACUGUGGAGCCUGCCCAGAACUUCAGCCUUGUGUCGCCAGGCACCAACCCACACUGCUUUGAGAUCAUCACUGCCAACACCACCUACUUCGUGGGCGAGACACCAGGCGGAGCCCCCAGGGGGCCAAGCGGCCAGGGGGCUGAGGCUGCUCGGGGCUGGGAGACCGCCAUCCGCCAGGCCCUGAUGCCUGUCAUCCUCCAGGAUGCCCCCAGCGCCCCCGGCCACACUCCCCACAGACAAGCUUCUCUGAGCAUCUCUGUGUCUAACAGCCAGAUCCAGGAGAAUGUGGACAUUGCCACAGUCUACCAGAUCUUUCCAGAUGAGGUGCUGGGCUCGGGGCAGUUCGGAGUGGUAUAUGGAGGAAAGCACCGGAAGACGGGCCGUGAUGUGGCAGUCAAGGUCAUCGACAAGCUGCGCUUCCCCACCAAGCAGGAGAGCCAGCUCCGAAAUGAAGUGGCCAUUCUGCAGAGUCUGCGACACCCCGGGAUCGUGAACUUGGAGUGCAUGUUCGAGACACCUGAGAAGGUGUUCGUGGUGAUGGAGAAGUUGCAUGGGGAUAUGCUGGAGAUGAUCCUGUCCAGCGAGAAGGGCCGGCUGCCUGAGCGCCUCACCAAGUUCCUCAUCACCCAGAUUCUGGUGGCUCUGAGACACCUUCACUUCAAGAACAUUGUCCACUGUGACUUGAAGCCAGAAAAUGUGCUGCUGGCAUCAGCCGACCCAUUUCCUCAGGUGAAGCUGUGUGACUUCGGCUUUGCACGCAUCAUCGGGGAGAAGUCGUUCCGGCGCUCGGUGGUGGGCACACCCGCCUACCUAGCACCUGAAGUGCUGCUCAACCAGGGCUACAACCGCUCGCUGGACAUGUGGUCGGUGGGUGUCAUCAUGUACGUCAGCCUCAGCGGCACAUUCCCCUUCAAUGAGGAUGAGGACAUCAACGAUCAGAUCCAGAACGCAGCCUUCAUGUACCCGGCCUGUCCCUGGAGCUGCAUAUCUGCAGGAGCUAUCGAUCUCAUCAACAACCUCCUGCAAGUGAAGAUGCGCAAGCGCUACAGCGUGGACAAGUCUCUCAGCCAUCCCUGGUUACAGGAGUACCAGACGUGGCUGGACCUCCGCGAGCUGGAGGGGAAGAUGGGCGAGCGGUACAUCACGCACGAGAGCGAUGAUGCGCGCUGGGAGCAGUUCGUGGCCGAGCACCCGCUGCCCGGGCCAGAGCUGCCCACCGAUGGGGAGCUCGGUGGCGCCCUCCGGCCGCAGGACCACGAGAUGCAGGGACUGGCCGAGCGCAUCAGCGUCCUCUGAGGUUCUGGGCCUCUACCCUGGCCGCUGGGUUCUGUCCUUCUGCUCUCAUCUUCGGGGAGCAGCCUCCCACCCCAUCCCAGCCCCGAACUGUGGCAGAGGCAGGGGCUUCCGGUGCAAACUCAGGAGACAAGCUCCCUGGGGGAAGAGCGUGAUGGGGAGUUCUUUACAAAAUCAACUCCCCAACAAUUAAAAUAGACUUAUCUCUGGCCGGCAGAUUGUGGUCUACGGCCACACCGCAUUCCGGUUUCAUUAGUCUGUCAUUCACCCAGGUGAACUUUACCUGGAUGACUGACUACCUGAAAGAGAGAUGGGAAGAGUGGGAAAGAGGGGUCAGAAGAGAGAGGAAGUUCAGAAGGAAGACUGAGUGGAGUAGAAAAUAUACAGGGAAGUUGCUAGCAGGGAUGACUAGCUGAGAGAAAGGUAAGACGGUAGCAUAGGGAGAGGAAGAAUGAAGGACCAAGUUAGGAAUGGAGGAGAAAGAGAAAGAAUAUGAGGGGAGAUGGCUGGAGGUAUGGAGGAAUCAUAUAAAGGCAUGUAAUCACACAGCUAAUUUGAUUGUUCAUCUAGUGGUGUUACUACUAAUCACAAAAGCCUUAUUUUAUUUUGAAGGACAGAAAAUAAGAGGACCAGAGUACUGCUCAGUUCUAACUUAAGGUGGUGUUGGAGCUAGAACCUGUGGAUUUGGGAACAUCUGACAUGAAAGCUGAUGUUCUGAUCAGAAUUGUGUUAGCUCCCCAGCCCAGAACACAACUAUUUGUUAUAAUGCAGUUAACACAUCUUUGGCUCAUAGUAGGAAACUGAUACACACAUCUCAUGUUUCCUUUUAAAUUGCUGUAAGGAUUUUUCUUUUUUUUUUUUUUUUAAGACUAUUUAUUAGCCAGAAAGAUAGGAGGAGAGAGAGGAAGAACCAGACAUCACUCUGGUCCAUGUGCUUCUGGGGAUUGAACUUGGGACCUCAUGCUUGAGGAUUCAAUGCUUUAUCCACUGUGCCACCUCCGAACCACAAGGAUUUUUAUUUUUCUUAACCAGAGCACUGCUCAGUUCUGGCUUAUGGUAGUGCUAGGGAUUGAACCUGGGACUUCAGAGCUUCAAGCAGGAGAGUCUUUUGCAGAACCAUUAUGCAGUCUCCCUGCCCUGAUGUAAUGACUUUGCAGCACAUUGCAUGUGUGUUCACUGACUCAUUCAUUUAUCAGUAACACUGAGAACAUGGUGGUGACUGAGUGAGCCUAUCAUCUAAGGGAGUCAGACUAGUCUCUAGACAAUGAUGGCCCACAGUAGGCAGGGUUGGGAUGGAGGAGCCCAGGAGGAUGGCGUAUUCUUCUGAGUUGGUUUAAGUGCCAUUGUAGUCCUGAGGUUAUAGGCAGAGAGAGAAACUUUUCCACCUUUGAUCCUUGCCCUCAAGCUUCUCAGCUCCCUGUCUUCACUUAGACUUGGGGGUGGGGUGGGGGUGGGGAGAUGUGAGAGGACCUGGACAGGUUCUCUAUAUGUGUAAGUCAUACUUAGCUUUCACACAUGACUUUCCUGAGCCCUGACACCACGGAGCAGUAUUGAGUAGCCUAUUUGCACUAGUGCUAAGAGCUUGCUGUCCAGAACAUAGCGAUUCCUAUCAACUAGCCCAUCGGCUGGUCUGCUCAGCAGCUGCAGCUCUUUGAUUUGAAAAGGAGGAUUAAUGAUCUUCAACCAGUGAGGAUCUUCACAUGAACCAGGACCCUUCUGAGGCAUAAUCAGGGUGAGUGCUGGGGGCCAGGCAGUUUCACCCCAGGUUAAGCACACAUAGUAUAAAGCUCAAGGAUCCCAGUUGGAGCCCCCAGCUCCCCACCUGCAGAGGAGUCGCUUUACAAGCGGUGAAGCAGGUCUGUAGGUGUCUAUCUUUCUCUCCCCACCCCUGUCUCCCCCUCCUCUCUCGAUUUCUAUCCUGUCCAACAACAACAGUGGAAAAAAGAUGACCACCAGGAGCGAUGGGUUCAUAGUGCAGGCACUGAGCCCCAGUGAUAACCCUAGAGGCAAAAAACAAAUAAAUAAAAAUAAAAAAUCACAGUGAGUGCUAUUGGGGGAUGUCUCUUGGACUUGAUCCUAAAUGCUUCCUCCCUCUGAAAUUGAUUGGUCCAUUUCAGGGGAAAGUGGCUCAGUGGUAGAGCAUGACACUUUCAUUUGUGAGGUCUCAAGUUCAAUCAUUGACACCAGCUGUCUCAGGGUGAUAAAUCUCCCUCCCUCUAUAUUUACCUGGGAACUCAAGCAUACAAGUCUGGUGUGCUACCGCUGGUCUACCUCCCUGACCUAAUGACUUUCUUUUCCUAAUGAACCUUAUAUAAAGCUGAUUGGCCUAAGGCCUAGGAAUGUAGACAAUAAAAUUGAUUCCAUCUCCAACAA